AUGGCAUCGACGGCGUCAUCGUCUGGAGCCUCCAGCUCGGGGAGCGGCUUCAGCAAAGGCGAUAAACUCGAUCCCAUCACGCGCAAUGCCCUUCGAUACACCAUAUCUCCCAAGGAGUAUGGGCUACUCCAUCAGUACCUCUUGUCACGCGCACCGCCAACCGUGCGAAAGCGAGUCCCUCGACCACCGAACUAUGAAGCCAUUGUGAAGAGCAUGGAUGACUACAACGCUGCUGCCGUCCGCGCGGCGCUGAGGGUCUUCGGCGUGACCAUCGGAGGAUUGAAAUUAUUCCAGUUCAUCAUGGGUCGGGUCAUGAGCCGUAGAGGCAUCACCGUACCGUACGCUACCCUUCCUUUCUGGAAGAACACUGGCGUCCGCCUUUCCUCUGCUCUCGCCCUUCUCCUCCUCUUCCAUCGUCUCCUCCAUCGCUUUUUCCUGCGCUUGCGCGCUUCGCUCCUCCUGCCAUCCUCCGAUGCUUUCCGUUCCCGGAACCCCGGCGUUAGCUCCCUCUUGACGUCCAGACUUGCCGCGCCAAUUGGCGCAUCACUCGCCGGUGGAUUCCUCGCCCUUUACCCUGCCGCCCAGCUCAGGAUCACCGCAGCUAUCUAUGUCUUCUCUCGCUCGCUAGAGUACAUCUACAAUGCUCUAGACGAAGAGGGAUACCUCGCCAACAAGCCGUGGUGGUUUGGCUCCUGGCUGCUGAUGCCCCUCUCGUUCGGCCAGCUUCUUCAUUCCUUUGUUUUCGAACGAGACUGCAUGCCACCCGCUUUCGCGAACUUCGCCCGGAAUUAUGGUGGCCCCUACAUCCAAGCCCGGCCUUCUGCUUCCGACUACCCGGCCUCAGCGCCAUGGCCUGAGACGGAUGAGAUCGUCGACGGACUCGCCGAGAUCUCGAACCUGAAAUGGCCCGCCUUUAUCUCACCUACUCUCUUCCCGAACAACCCUAACCCCCUCCCUUCAACGCUCUCCAAGAUCUCUCCCAUCACCUCGCCAGCCCAUCCUGCUUUGCAGCAUCUUAGCUGCGCACUCGUCCAUCCGUCCGACCCAUCUUGCUUACGAACCUACAUUCACUACUUCCUCUCCGUUUUCCCGCGCGUAACAAGGUUCUUUGCCAUCAUAUACGGCGCCCUCUCACUAUUCCGUCUUAAGGCCAUCCUUGCGAACCCCGGCACGGCGCUUAACGGGCUGGCCAAGUCCAUCCUGCGCAUCUCCCUGAUGAUCACGGGCGCGUUGGGCACAUCGUGGGGUAGCAUCUGUCUCUUCAACAAUAUCCUCCCUGGCAAGGCCAUUCCCGAGCUCCGAUGGUUCCUGGGCGGCGCGCUUGGCGGUCUCUGGGGCUUCGUGGAGCAUGGCAACCCGAAUGCCCGGGGCAAUUUCAUGUACACCACCCGCAGCAGCUUGGACAGCUUGUGGAAAGUCGGUGUCAAGCGGCGCUGGUGGAAGGGCGUGGCGAACGGAGACGUCAUUCUCUUCAUUGCGAGCUUGGCGGCUAUCAACGCCGUGCAUGAAAUCCGACCGUCGGCGGUCAGGGGUCCGGCUAUCCGCAAGGCGAUCAGUUCGUUGAGCGGGGAAGGGUGGACUGACCGAUGCGCGACGAAGGCCGAUACGAAGGGCAAGGGGCCGGAGACCGCGAGCCAGGAUGGGAAAGAUGACAAGAGCAUGUCCGAUGUUCGGAGAAGUGUGACGGGGGGCAGCGAGACCUUGGGCGAAAGCACCGUGGUGGUGGAUAGGGAGUAA